AAAGUAAUGGUAUUUUAGGGGAAGUUUAUUGUUGGCUGCUGCUCGUUUAGUGCCAGCAGAAUCAACAUAAAGUCCUUAAUUUAACACCUAAGAGGAACCAUGAAGGAUAUUUCAACAAUAUAUAAACUCUCAGUGAUUGCAUUUGCGCUGUUGGAGGGUGUGUGUACUAGUUCAAGAUGCUCGGUGCUGGAGUGCUGGUUUGUUCAGGAGAGGCCGGGUGGUGGAGGUUUCUCAGCGGGAAUGAGCCAGGAGAAAGCCGCACUUUACAUCAGAACCGACAGCGAGAAGAUUGAACAGAAAUCUCCAUCAGACAUCGACCCUUCCAGAAUUUACUAUGUUUCUGAUCCUGCGUCUACUUUCUGCAGCGCUGCCCUCCAUCCACCAGAGGGCACUGUGAACAAACCACAGUGUGAGAUAAACCCUUUCAACCCUCAAGCCUCCAUGGUAAAAUGGGCUGCUCCUCUGACCGCCUCCGCACAAAGCCCUAUCUACCUGCAUGCAGACUGGUUUUCAGUAGCAGCACAAGGUCUUAACAAAGAGCUGACACUGGCGAACGUGAUGCGGGCACCGUCUGGGUCCAAAGAGCCGAGCGUAAUCCUCAGCGUCUCUAGUAAAACAUCCGCCGUUCAGUCCAGACUGGGAGAGCCGGUUCUCCUCGACUGUGGGUUCUGGGUCAACCCGUCUUCACCUCUUCAUGACUCUGGUUUUGCUGUGGAGUGGCGCUACCAGUUCCGGGGUGAAGGCAGACUGAUCGUGGCCUACGACGGAAAGAAUGAUCGCUUCGCAGAGUCCUCUGAGACAGAUGGUGACUUGGACAUCGUGGGACUUUAUAAGACAGGAAACGCAUCGCUGGUUCUAAAAGAGGCCCAAGUGAGGCAUGUCGGGACAUACAUCUGUACCGUUUACUUGCCUCACCUUCUGGCUCAGGUAGCAUUAGAGCUGGAAAUUGUGGAGCCUCCAUCGCUAGCAGUCUACCCCUCCCCUCUGCCACUGUCUGUCCCGGGGCAGGUGGUCACGGUCCACUGCGAGGCCUCCGGUUUCUACCCCCUGUCUCUGGACCUGGACUGGGAGUUUACUGAUGCUGAGGGAAAGAAGCGAUCGCUCGGUCAGGGCAGCGUGACAGGCCACAGACAGGCCAGAGAUGGGACCUUCAGCCAAAGCUCUCGCCUAGAGCUCGACUCAUAUAAGAUGGACCUCGGACGGGGCGGAGAGCUCAGCUGCGUAGCCAAACACCAGGGAGGAACUCGACGUGCCAUGGUGGCUGUGAAUGUCAUCGGUGUCAGUGCGCCAUCCAUUGAGGACUCCAUGGCGAUGGUCGCAGUGGCUCUUGUACUUUACGGUGUAAUAAAGGUCUUUUUCUGGACUUUCAGCUCUAAUGGCUCAAGCAAUGGAGAACCCGAUAAUAAGAAGGAAAAAUAAUCCUGGAGCUUGACAUGCUUCCUUAGACGUUUCAUCAGUCUGCAGAUACAGACAGGGGGGGAGGGCUGGGGGGAAGGGGAGGGGAUUCCUGUAAAUAUUCUUCCGUGAAUGGAUGCACAUGUUCUGAUUUAUCCUUUACAAAAAAACUUUUUUGUUGUCGCUAUACUUUUGAUUUGCACUAUAAGUAAUGUUUGUGUGUGUGUUACACUGACAAAUAAACUGUGUUGGUCUUUGUGCUGGUUUUUUUUUAAGAUUUCAUGCUGUGAAUUGUUAAAUAAUAAAAAGGAUUCCUGCAACAUGAAACUGCUGUACUAUGUGGAAGAGUUUAAUAUUAGUAGCAGAGUACGGCACUAUCGUAAAAAUAAAAUUAUUAUAAAAUAA